UCCCCAUUCACCUUAAUGUCUACUUAGACUCGCUUGUCUUAUCCGGAGAACCACACGUCCCACCCACCACGACACAAUGUGGCUGAUCCGGUUUUUACCCCGCGAGUUGUUCGACGGGAUCCUCGACCUGCUCGAGUUGCAGGAUCUGGCGCGCCUGAGCAGCGCCUGUCAUGACCUCCGAGCCAUCGUGGCACCUCGUUUAUUUGGAUCAAUCGUGCUCACGGAUGAUACGCGCGUGGCCGACUCGGCUUGGCUCGCAGCCCGCCGGUAUGGCAUUUUUGUACGGCGCCUCAAGAUUGUCGUGAGCUCUCUGGGCUGCACCAACCCCGACUGCGACUACGAUUGGGAUUGCUCCCCAGGCACGGAAGCGUAUUACGCCGUGGCCAAUCCGGAAAACGGCGGCAUCCCCGCCAGUGCAGUGGCACUUCUCGGUGGACUAGAAGGCGCACUGCCUGCACUUGAGAGCAUCACCAUCGAGUUUCCGGCGCGGUAUAAGCACUCGUUCAUGCUGUUCGGCAACCAUUGGGACAGAAGAGCUCCUCGCGUCGUGCGGAUGCGCAACAGUGUCGCCAUGGUCGUGCGUGCCGUAAUGGCAGCGCUCGCGCGCAACACCUCCAUCAGCCAUUUGUCCCUCGUCAAUUAUCCGCCACUCGACCCCCUGGGCGAGCGCCGCACCUCGCCUGACCACAAGGACACCUGGGAGAGGCUGUUGGGACGGCUCGUGGAGUUCCGGCUGUCGCUCUAUGGGGAAUCGCUUGGCGGGACCGGAGCCGCAGAAAUGCUCGGCUCACGCGACUACAACCGCUUCCUUCAUCGGCUCCAAACAUUCUUCUUGGACCAUAUCCGAUCGAUUAGGCGCCUUACAAUCCGCUGCUCCCAGCAUGCUCCCUUGGGCAGCAUCAUCCGGGCGGGUUUCAAGGCCAGUUUCUUUUGUGCCCUCGGGUUAGACCCAGACGCGAUGCCAUUCCUCGAGCAUCUGGAGUUGUCCAACAUGUUCCUCGGGGCAGAGCUGGCCAGGUUUCUCGUCGGCCGGGCUGAGCGGCCAAUGUCGCUGUCGUUCACCAACAUCAAGGCGGAUGAUGUGGUGGCUGGGAAGGGCUACGCAUGGAAGCAGUUCUUUGAUGAGUUGGUGGAGAAUCGGGUGUUUAUCUGGCGGUUUGAGUGGGUGCCGUCGUCGACGCCGUUCCGGGAGCCCUGGUGGAGGCCAGAAAUAACGGCGUCCAAACCAGCUGAGGAGAUCAUGGCGCAGGACCCGAGUCGUCGGGCGUUUCCCUACGCGUGGGGGCAAUUCGAAAAUCCGUGCCUUGGAGACCAAGUCCACCGGAACAUCCAAUCUGUCGUUGAGGGGGUGGAUCAGGAGGCGUAUGACAAGUUUAUGCACCUCGUGGGGAGUAACGAGAGGCGCAGACGCGGACUGUAACGGUGGAAAAUAAUUCUCGACAGCGAGCGAAGAGUUGCUGUGUAAAAGUGAGCAAGGAGCCGCGGCGGGUGCAUAAAAGAUAAGAGUUAUUAGCGGGCCAGGCCGCCGUCAGGGUGGAACACAAACACAAAACCACCCCAAAACCACAAUCCGGAGGAGGGGCAACUUUAACCAAA